UCUGUGCGAAAUGUCAGAAGAUCCAAGAUUCGUAUUGAAUUCCUUGGAAGAAUGGGAGCACCCAUUUCUUUCCAGUCGUGCAGGGUUCGAAGAGUUUGUAGAGCUUUUUCCGAGGAAAUAUAGGGACCACCCAGAAAUCAGGGUUUACUACAAAGCAUUGAUGAAAAGGUUUGCAGUGUUCACAGAAGACGUGAAGGAAAACAUUGAAACCACUUGUCAGAAGAAAACUGGGGAGGAUGAAGAUUCUGAAGCACAAACAGAACAUGAGAAAGCAGUCAUACUUCUUGAACAUAUUAAACAGCAUUUGUCGGAGGAACUGUCCGAUUUGAAGAAUGAAAACAAGAAGAUGAGACAAACCUUAGACUGCAUGACUCCUGAUGUCCUUAUAAAUUUCAACAAAGAGUUAAGUCCGGCACAAACCGCUUUUCAGAACACAAAACAAGAGCUAUCCAGUGGGUGUGAAAAACUAUAAGUUUUACACUUGGACUAAAGCAUUUGAUUGGCUCUAUAUGAAUACACCUGAUAGCAGCCAAGGUAGUCUUCCUGGUGCUUAUUUUUGGACUGGACUGUGGUGAGUCAUUUGGAGGACUUGUGGACCAGAUGUGUGCAUGCUUUCUACAUGGAUAUCAGUGCCUCAUUUGAUGACUUUUAUGGUCAUUUUCCCUUAUACUGAGAAAAGGACUUGGAAGUGUAAAAUGGUGAUCAGUUUCAAUAAAGAACAUGGCAAUGAAUUGUAAAUAUUAUAUAUUGUGGACAUGUAAAUAUAUGAUUUGAUUUUAAAUCAAGAAAGUUUCCAAAUAUCAUGUUGUGAUAUUUUCAUUAUGCUGUUUUGACAAUGAAGAUAGUGCAGCAAAACAUUAUGUUGCUGAAUCGGAGAGGCUUUAGGGCUCCAAACGUUUCCCAGAGGACAACAACACGACCUAGUUUGACUAUCUUUGUGCAGCAAAAUCCACAGAAUGGAUCCUGUUUGAUUUAUAUCAUUAAAAGGAUAUAUGUAUGUUCAAGAAAUGUGGGUAACUCUUGACCCACUGAGUGGAACAUCAAAUGACAUCGCCACAGUUCUACUGACCUGUGGUCGGAUAUCCCAUUUUCUUACUUUUGACACUAGAUAGCUCCCAUCUUAUCAAGAUGUUUAUAAUGAAGAGUGAGCUC